AUGUCAUAUGGGUCAGUUGAAGAGAAAGAUGAACAAGCCGACGUUCUGAAUCAAGUAAAAGGAGAGGGGAGCCACCAUGUUCACGCUCACAGCUACAAGAACAAGAAAGAGGCGGAUGUCUUUUUCUUCCACGACAUGUUGAGGCCAGGGUCCUUGAUCACUCCGACCAUCCCGCCGACCGCCUCCAUGCCGGCGCUUCUCUCCGGUGACGUCGCCGACUCCAUCCCAUUCUCCACGGAACACCUCUCCGACAUCAUCACGAUGUUCGCGCCGGCGUCACUCACGAUGACCAGAGAGAUACGGUGGACGCUGGACACUUGCGAGCACCCACGAACGCUCCCCGGCCAGAAAGCAGGCUGCGCCACCUCCUUGGAGUCCCUCGUCGAGCUGCCGGCGUCCCUCCUUGGGAGGGGCAACGUCCGUGCGUUCUCCGCCGUGGAUCUUCCCAUGGAUGGCCCGGGGACACCGGCGCUUAGGGGGAGGUACAACGUGACGGCUGCACGGAAGCUCUCCGGUUCAUCAUCUGAGGUCGUGACCUGCCAUGACCUGACCUACCCGUACUCAGUGUACUACUGCCACACGUCCAGGCCUACGUCUGCGUAUAUGGUGACGCUGGCGAGUGUGGAGGAGGGUGCAUCUCCGACGACGAUGGAGGUCAUGGCCGUGUGCCACCUUGACACGUCAUUGUGGAGCCCGAAGAACUCGUUCUUUGAGCUGCACAACGUUAGGCCAGGUGAUGUGGCAGUGUGCCACUUCCUCACUAAGCUGAGCAUCAUCUGGGUGACCGUGGAUGAGCAUGCCGACGCACGGUAG